GUGCUCCUGAACGCAGCACGGCACCUUUCACCGACUCACCUGCACUCACUGCUGCACGGACAGGAGAGUAAACACACCUGGGAGCUGCAGACAAGCCGUGAUGACGAGCCUCCAGAUGAGUGCGAAGGAGGAGAUGUUGGAGAAGUUUCUAGAUGCGGCGUCCAGAGGAGACGUGAGCCAGCUGUCCUCUCUGCUGUCCAGCGUCCCGUCGCUAAGCAACCAGACGGGACGCAACGGCUGGAGCGCGCUCAUGUUCGCCGCACGCAACGGACACUAUGACGUAGCCGAGACGCUGCUGGCACACGGCUGUGACAAGUUCUCGGUGAACAGCUCGUCUCAGACCGCCUACGACAUCUCUAAGUUCUGGGGUCACCGUCACAUCUCCAACCUGCUCGUUGGGACGGACCACGGCUGCGGCGGCGUCCUGCCGACCUCUGACCUCGGCCAGCCGGAGAACUUCUUCAGCAGAGAGACUCUGGACCCGUCUGAGCGGGAAGAGGACGGGAACGCUCGAUGGCUGGAGGCCAAACAGAGCGAGAAGGAAACAGUUUACCUUCUGUUCUCCAACCUGAACCCCAUGAUCAGCUGCUCACUGGAGGACGAGACUCAGGAGGAAGUGAGCAAACUGUGUCGCUUCAGAUACGACGAUGUUAAAGAUCUCCUCCAGAAAGAAACCACCGUGCUCAUCUUCCUCGGGGUGGAGAAGAAGAAAAAGCCUUCCUCCUCCUCCUCCUCCUCCUCUUCCUCGCAGAUGACGGCUCUAUCUGGGGACCCUCCUGCUUGGUUCGCCGUCGGCUCGGACGAAGACGCAGCCGAGCUUCUGAAGCGCUGCAGAGAGAAGAGCUGCUCCUUCCCAAAGACGCCGAACAGAGACCUGCUGAAGCUCAGCGAGGAAGAGGCUGGCGUGGUGGCUCAGGCUCGCUCGGUGUUGGCUUGGCACAGCCGCUACAGCUUCUGCUCAACGUGCGGCAGCGGCACCAGACUACAGGAAGGAGGAUACAAGAGGAGCUGCAUGAACCCGGACUGCAGGAGUCUGAAGGGGAUCCACAACACCUGCUACCCACGAGUCGAUCCAGUGGUCAUCAUGCUGCUGAUCCAUCCUGAUGGAAACCAGUGCUUACUGGGAAGAAAGAAAGUUUUCCCUCCAGGAAUGUUUUCCUGUCUGGCCGGAUUCAUAGAGCCUGGAGAGACGAUAGAGGAGGCGGUGCGUAGAGAGUCUGAGGAGGAGAGCGGAGUGAAAGUCGGACCGGUUCAAUACGUUUCCUGUCAGCCGUGGCCGAUGCCGUCCAGCCUCAUGAUUGGCUGCCUGGCCGUCGCCAUGUCAACCGUCAUCAAGGUGGACGAGAACGAGAUCGAGGAGGCUCGCUGGUUCCCACGGCAACAGAAAGGAACAGUUUACCACAUACUCGUCCUCGCAGGUCAUCUGAUAAAAACCACCGUCAGCAUCAGUGAGUGCGUGGAAAUGAAAACUUUGAGCGUUGAUGUCAGUUCCCUCCGGUUUGCUCUCUUCUUCCUCUUUCUGUGGAAACCAGCCGUUGACUCGUCGUGUCUGACGGUCGAAGGCUCGGGUCUGCUCGGGCCUGAACGCAGCGUAGUCGGGAUGGAGGGAGAGCGGGGAGAGAGGUGGCGGCGGUGGCUGCUGCAGCGUUGGUGA